AUGGAGAGCAAUGGAAAGCGUGUGCAGAUGGACGGUACAGACUGCACAGUGCCAACGGGCGCCAUCUACUUCGGCGAGCCCGGCACGAACGGCCAGCACAGCUUCUACCAGCUCAUGCACCAGGGACGCGUCAUCCCAGCCGACUUCAUUGGCUUCAAGGUGUCCCAGAACCCCAUCAGCCUGGAUGGGGAGGCCGUGUCCAACCACGAUGAGCUGAUGUCCAACUUCUUCGCGCAGCCGGAUGCCCUGGCUCUGGGGAAGACAGCCGAAGAGCUGAAGGCGGAUGGAGUCCCCGAGAAGUUGAUCCCGCACAAAGUCUUCACUGGAGAUCGCCCCUCCAACUCCUUGCUGCUGCCAGUGUGCGAUCCGUUCAACCUCGGACUGCUCCUGGCACUUUACGAGCAUCGCACGGCCGUGCAGGGCUGGGUCUGGAACAUCAACUCCUUCGACCAGUGGGGUGUGGAGCUCGGGAAGGUUCUCGGCGUGAAGGUGCGGAAAUACCUCUCCGAAGCUCGCAAAGGUGGUGGAGCCGAUGCUUCCGGCUUCCAGAAGCCCACGCAGAAGCUGAUGUCUGCGAUGCUUGCAACCCCGCUCGCGGGAAGCGACGACAGGAUUGUCUUAAUCCGGGCACGCGAGAUCUACGACUCCCGAGGGAAUCCGACUGUCGAGGUCGACCUUUGCACGGAGACUUCGCUGUUCCGCGCUGCGGUGCCUAGCGGCGCUUCCACGGGGAUCUACGAGGCCCUCGAACUGAGAGACGGUGACAAGGGGCGGCUCCUGGGCAAAGGUGUCCAGAAAGCCGUUUCGAACAUCAACGACAUCAUCGCCCCGAAGUUGAUUGGCAUGAAGGUCACUGAGCAGGCAACCAUCGACAAGCUGAUGGUGGAGGAGCUCGACGGCUCCAAGAACGAGUGGGGCUGGUCCAAGUCCAAGCUUGGUGCGAACGCCAUCCUGGCCGUCUCCAUGGCCAUUUGCCGCGCAGGCGCGGCGGCGUCGGAGGUCCCCCUGUAUGAGUACAUUGCGAAGCUGGCCGGAAAGCCAACGGAUCGCUUUGUGAUGCCGGUACCUUCUUUCAAUGUCAUCAACGGCGGCAGCCAUGCAGGAAACCGGCUGGCUUGCCAGGAGUUCAUGAUCCUUCCCACAGGUGCCAGCUCGUUCAAGAACGCGAUGGAGAUCGGCGCCGAGGUGUACCACACCCUGAAGAGCGUGAUCAAGAAGAAGUACGGGCAGGAUGCGUGCAACGUUGGCGACGAAGGUGGUUUCGCGCCCAACGUGCAAGACAACAACGAAGCCCUCGACGUCCUUAUGGAGGCCAUCGAGAAGUCUGGGCACGCUGGGAAGGUGAAGAUCGGCACGGAUGUGGCGGCUUCCGAAUUCUGGAGGCCCGAAGAGAAGAAGUACGACCUCGACUUCAAGAACGAGGCUGGCGGCGCCCCAGAGAUGAAAAAGACCGCGGAGGAGAUGAUCGAAUACUACAAGGCUUGGUUCUCCUCCUACCCCUUCGUCUCAAUCGAGGACCCCUUCGACCAAGAUGACUGGGAGGCAUACUCCAAGUUCCAAGCGGCGGUUGGGGGCCAAGUGCAGAUCGUCGGUGACGACUUGCUGGUCACGAACCCGACUCGGGUACGCAAGGCCCUCGACUGCAAAGCCUGCAACGCCUUGCUCCUGAAGGUGAACCAGAUCGGCUCGGUCACGGAGGCGAUAGAGGCCGCCAACAUCUCCAUGGAUGCGGGCUGGGGCGUCAUGGUCGCUGCCUGA